GUCUAGAAAUUGAUAACCUGAAAAUCUAUGAUAAAAUUAUAGAGAAAAUUGCAAAAUAUUUUCAUAAUAUGAUAUCUAAAUAUGGGUGAAAGAUACUUUGCGUGGGAUGAAAUUUCGGAAGGAUUAAUUUUAUUGGGAGUGGCAAAAGCAGAAGAUGAAACUAAGAGACGAAAGAAGCAAGUUACUGCCGAUCAUACGUCGGAGAUUUAUUGUCCACAUGCGUAUUUAAUUCUGAGCUAUAGAGAAAUGUUAAAUGAUAGUGAAAAGAUUAAAUUUCGAAAGCAUUACCUGAGAAAAGUGGCGCCAAACGAACCGGAUGUUAUUAUUUUGCAAGAUAUCAAAGAUCUCGUACUCUUUUUGCUCAUAACACCCGUCAGUCCUCAAUUCAUACACUUCUUCCACUUGCCGAUCGUUGACCGAUUUUUAAGGGCAUUGAUCAUCUACUUCCAAUAUUAUGUAGAGAUAUGGGAAGACUUGAUGCAGGAGCGGGCUGCUACCAUGAAAAAGGCGCCGAAUCCUUUGGCACGUGGACACAGAUUCCGAUACGCCGAAGAGAUGCGAGCUCUUCGCUGUGUCUUGGGUAGGGAAUAUGCCGAUUUAAUAUUGGGUUGUCAGGAUGGGCCGCGGUAUCAUCAUAUGAUGGCUGGCAAGAAACGGACGAUCACGCAAUCGCAGGGCGAGAAAGAUUUAAGGAUCUUCGAAUCUCUGAUAAGCACGGCUCAUCGGGUCGUUUGGAUAGCGUUGCAACGCAAACAUUACAAUUUGAUUGAACUAGAAUUGCAUAGAUUACUUCGAACGGAAGCGUACAAUACUGCACAAAGACAAAGCGGUAGUCUGCUUAUUCAGGAUAUGCUGGAAGAUGAUAUUUGUAUAUUGCAUGGUCCUGCAAUGGCAUUAAAAAGUCGGUUACUCCGAAACUCUCCUUUACCUCAUGAAUUGAUAUAUACAGAUUGCGAUUUUCGUCUCCUAUCCUUAGGGAUAGUUGACAUCGAUGUGCGCGAUCCGAAAAUUGCUUAUCUAAAAAACGCUCUUCUUAUCGAGGAGGAAAUGCUAUCUCGAUUGGGCAUUAAAAUAGGUGUAUUAGGUCACAAUCGUUCAGAUUACGAUAUAAUGUUGAUGCCGAUCGAAGAGGAACCGACAAUAGAAUCGAAAGAAAUUAAUGAGCUUGAUAAAAAAAUAUCGGAAACGCGGAAAAGUAUCCCUAUGGAUAAGAUUGCUGAACAAAUUCAAAAAAUUGAAAGAUUGUCUUUCCGCAAAUCCGAAUCAAUCGAGGAAUUUCCAAUGAAACAACUCGAGAUAUCAACAAAGAGAUGUGACGAAAUUCGUCAAGUAGCUCGAAAAAAAUGGAUUCUUCGUGAAAUAAAACGACGCGAACGUAAAAAAUUUGAUACUUUUUCUAUAGCAACCACUAUAGAUUGAAUAUUAGAAUAGAACAAAAUAAUAUUAUAUAGAAUGUGCUGAAAGUUUCGGAGAAAAACAAUAAACGGUACUUAAACUGAUAUACAUAAAAUAUAAACGUGAAUAUCGAUUC